AUGCUGUACCGAAAUCACGCUCGCGUUUACAUCGCCGGACGUUCGGAAGAGAAAGCUCGUCAGGCAAUUCGAAACAUCCAGGCCAAGGCGCCCACAUCUAGGGGCAGCUUGGAGUUCCUGCACUUGGAGCUCGACGAUCUCAGCAGCAUAAAGGCGUCGGCCGAUGCCUUCAAGGCGAAGGAAUCCAAGCUUCACGUCCUGUGGAAUAACGCUGGCGUCUCGCGGCCACCUGCUGGGAGCGUUUCGAAGCAGGGGAUCGAGCUACAGCUAGCGACCAACUGUCUCGGGCCGUUCCUAUUCACCCGCCUCCUUCUCCCCUUGAUAGAGACGACUGCGGCUGCCGAGAUUCCCGGUUCCGUUCGCAUCGUUUGGACCGCCAGCCAGAUCGUCGAGCUCUCUGCGCCGCCGGGAGGCAUUGAUAUGUCCGAACUACAUACGCCCUCCAAAGACCAGCUGCGAAACUAUAUCAACUCCAAAUUUGGGAACUGGCUUUUGGCCGUUGAGUUCGCCAGAACCAUAGGCCGUACUUCAAAUGUUGUCAGCGUAGCGCUCAACCCCGGCUCCGCAUCCUCGAACCUCUUCCGGCACACACCGUCGAUAUACUGGUUGGCAUGGCCGGUGCUGUACCCACCCAAGAUGACGGCAUACACGGAGCUCUACGCCGGUCUGUCGGGGGACAUCAGCUUGGAAACAAACGGGUGCUAUGUCAUUCCUUUCGGUAGGAUUGCGCAGGAAAAGAACAUUCGUCAGGACUUACUCGAUGCGCUGAAGCCGAAGGAAGAUGGGGGCUCCGGGAAGGCGAAAGAGUUUAGCGAUUUUUGCGAAGAGAAGACGCGUGACUAUGCCUGA